UACGGGUGCCGAGCAGGCUCUCACGGAAGUCCAUUCGCCAUUGGGAGGUCCGCGGUGGGUGCUCUGUGCCCUUGUUGCCGAGGGCCUCUUCUUGGGGUCAUUCCUGGAGUAGGAGCCGGACUGGGGCUGACACCGGAGCUCCCCCCUGGCCGCCUCGGCGCCUGUGUGACCUCCUCCCCGGCGGGAUGUGGCGACUGCGCCGGGCUGCCGUGGCCUGUGAGGUCUGCCAGUCCUUAGUGAAACACAGCUCUGGAACAAAAGGAAGCUUACCACUACAAAAACUGCAUCUGGUUUCACGAAGUAUUUAUCAUUCGCAUCAUCCUAUCUUAAAGCUUCAAAGACCCCACUUCAGGACCUCAUUUCAGCAGUUCUCCUCUCUAACUAACCUUCCUUUACGUAAACUGAAACUUUCUCCAAUUAAAUAUGGUUACCAGCCCCGCAGAAAUUUUUGGCCAGCGAGAUUAGCUGCAAGACUCUUAAAACUUCGGUAUCUCAUACUCGGAUCUGCUGUUGGGGGUGGCUAUACCGCCAAAAAGACUUUUGAUCAGUGGAAAGACAUGAUACCUGACCUUAGUGACUAUAAAUGGAUUGUGCCUGACAUUGUAUGGGAGAUUGAUGAGUAUAUCGAUUUGGAGAAAAUUAGAAAAGCCCUUCCUGAUUCAGAGGACCUUGCAAAAUUGGCACCCGACUUUGACAAGAUUGUUGAAAGCCUCAGCUUAUUGAAGGACUUUUUCACCACAGGUCACAAAUUGGUUAGUGAAGUCAUAGAAGCUUCUGACCUACUUCUCUUGUUAGGUUCACCUGGAGAAACGGCAUUUAGAGCGACAGAUCCCGGGUCUGAAAGUGACAAGCGUUAUAGAAAGGGUCUGCUUGGUGAGCUCAUUCUCUUACAACAGCAAAUUCAAGAGCAUGAAGAGGAAGCACGCAGAGCCGCAGGCCAAUAUAGCACGAGCCAUGCCCAACAGAAGCGCAAGGUGUCAGACAAAGAGAAAAUAGACCAACUUCAAGAAGAGCUUCUGCAUACCCAGUUAAAGUACCAGAGAAUCUUGGAACGGCUAGAAAAGGAGAACAAAGAAUUGAGAAAAUUAGUAUUACAGAAAGAUGACAAAGGCAUCCAUCAUAGAAAGCUUAAGAAAUCUUUGAUUGACAUGUACUCUGAAGUUCUUGAUGUUCUGUCCGAUUAUGAUGCCAGUUAUAAUACACAAGAUCAUCUGCCAAGGGUUGUUGUGGUUGGAGAUCAAAGUGCUGGAAAAACUAGUGUGUUGGAAAUGAUUGCUCAAGCACGAAUAUUCCCUAGAGGAUCUGGGGAGAUGAUGACACGUUCUCCGGUUAAGGUGACUCUCAGUGAAGGCCCUCACCACGUGGCCUUGUUUAAAGAUAGUUCUCGGGAGUUUGAUCUUACCAAAGAGGAAGAUCUUGCAGCAUUAAGACAUGAAAUAGAACUCCGAAUGAGAAAAAAUGUGAAAGAAGGCUGUACUGUUAGCCCUGAGACCAUAUCCUUAAAUGUAAAGGGCCCUGGACUACAGAGGAUGGUGCUUGUUGACCUACCAGGUGUGAUUAAUACUGUGACAUCAGGCAUGGCUCCUGACACAAAAGAAAUUAUUUUCAGUAUCAGCAAAGCUUAUAUGCAGAAUCCUAAUGCUAUCAUACUAUGUAUUCAAGAUGGAUCUGUGGAUGCUGAACGCAGCAUUGUUACAGACUUGGUCAGUCAAAUGGAUCCUCAUGGAAGAAGGACAAUAUUUGUUUUGACCAAAGUAGACCUGGCAGAGAAAAAUGUGGCUAGUCCAAGCAGGAUUCAGCAGAUAAUUGAAGGAAAACUCUUCCCAAUGAAAGCUCUAGGUUAUUUUGCUGUUGUAACAGGAAAAGGAAACAGCUCUGAAAGCAUUGAAGCUAUAAGAGACUAUGAAGAAGAAUUUUUUCAGAAUUCAAAACUCCUAAAGACAAGCAUGCUAAAGGCACACCAGGUGACUACAAGAAAUCUAAGCCUUGCUGUAUCGGACUGCUUUUGGAAAAUGGUACGAGAGUCAGUUGAACAACAGGCCGACAGUUUCAAAGCAACACGUUUUAACCUUGAAACUGAGUGGAAGAAUAACUAUCCUCGCCUGCGAGAACUUGACCGGAACGAACUGUUUGAAAAAGCUAAAAAUGAAAUCCUCGAUGAAGUUAUCAGUCUGAGCCAGGUUACUCCAAAACACUGGGAGGAAAUCCUUCAGCAGUCUUUGUGGGAAAGAGUAUCAACUCAUGUGAUUGAAAACAUCUAUCUUCCAGCUGCACAGACCAUGAAUUCUGGAACUUUUAAUACAACAGUGGAUAUCAAGCUUAAACAGUGGACUGAUAAGCAGCUUCCUAAUAAAGCAGUCGAGGUUGCUUGGGAGACCCUACAAGAAGAAUUUUCCCGCUUCAUGACAGAACCGAAAGGAAAAGAGCAUGAUGACAUAUUUGAUAAACUUAAAGAGGCUGUUAAGGAAGAAACUAUUAAACGCCACAAGUGGAAUGAUUUUGCAGAGGACAGCUUGAGGGUUAUUCAGCACAAUGCUUUAGAAGAUCGGUCCAUAUCUGAUAAACAGCAGUGGGAUGCAGCUAUUUAUUUUAUGGAAGAGGCUCUUCAGGCUCGUCUCAAGGACACUGAAAAUGCAAUUGAAAAUAUGGUAGGUCCAGAUUGGAAAAAGAGGUGGUUAUACUGGAAGAAUCGAACCCAAGAACAGUGUGUUCACAAUGAAACCAAGAAUGAACUGGAGAAGAUGUUGAAAUGUAAUGAGGAGCACCCAGCUUAUCUUGCAAGUGAUGAGAUAACUACAGUCCGAAAGAACCUUGAAUCCCGAGGAGUAGAAGUAGACCCAAGCUUGAUCAAGGAUACUUGGCACCAAGUUUAUAGAAGACAUUUCUUAAAAACAGCUCUAAACCAUUGUAACCUUUGUCGAAGAGGCUUCUAUUACUACCAGAGGCAUUUUGUAGAUUCUGAGUUGGAAUGCAAUGAUGUUGUCCUGUUUUGGCGAAUACAGCGAAUGCUUGCUAUCACUGCAAAUACUUUAAGACAGCAACUUACAAACACUGAAGUCAGGCGAUUAGAGAAAAAUGUUAAAGAGGUACUGGAAGAUUUUGCUGAAGAUAGUGAGAAGAAGGUAAAAUUGCUUACUGGUAAACGAGUUCAACUGGCUGAAGACCUCAAGAAAGUUAGAGAAAUUCAAGAAAAACUUGAUGCUUUUAUUGAAGCUCUUCAUCAGGAGAAAUAAAUUGUAAUAAACCUCCUACUCAUAAUAUAAUCACCUCUGCACACAUCUGAAGAAAGAAAACUCCAGAGCCUUUUGUCCUGCCUUUUUUUUUCUUCUGCUAUUCCACCUUUCUAAACAUAAAAUAAAGUCAUGGAAUAAAAAUGA